CCUACCACAUGAUAUUUUUAGAGACGUCAUUAAAAGAAAAAUAUUUCUCUCUCUCUCUCUCUCUCUCUGCAUUCAUUCCUUACCCCAACUCUGUUUGUUCCUCCCUCGCCGCCGCAGAAUAGCUCAGUGAAUCGCGUCGUAUUUUGGAGUUGGUUGAAGGGUUGGAUUGGAGAUUUGGGAAGAAGGUACAGAACGAGAACGUGGGUCUGCAAAUGCAGUUGUUGGAGGUUUAUUGGUUGUGUCUAACAACUCAUAUUUAAUUUAGGGGUGUGUGUGUCUUUCUCUCCUAGAGCCUAGUGAAGUAGAAGAGAUGAGCGUGAAAAAUGAUGUUCCUGGGAAAGAGGUAAACGUGCUGAAGGGUCACGAGGGUGGUGUGUUAGCCGCGAGGUUCAACACCGACGGCAAUUAUGUUCUAAGUUGCGGCAAAGACCGUACCAUACGCCUCUGGAAUCCUCACCGUGGCAUCCAUAUCAAGACUUAUAAAUCCCACGCUCGCGAAGUCCGCGAUGUCCAUGUCACACAGGACAACUCCAAGUUAUGUUCCUGUGGUGGAGAUCGACAAAUAUUUUAUUGGGACGUUGCAACUGGACGUGUAAUUAGGAAAUUUCGUGGCCAUGAUGGUGAGGUAAAUGGUAUCAAAUUCAAUGAGUAUUCAUCUGUUGUAGUCUCUGCUGGCUAUGAUCAAUCGUUGCGUGCUUGGGACUGCAGAUCCCACAGCACAGAGCCAAUUCAGAUUAUUGACACAUUUGCGGAUAGUGUGAUGUCUGUUUGUUUAACAAAAACUGAAAUUAUUGGAGGAAGUGUUGAUGGAACUGUUCGAACAUUUGACAUUCGUAUUGGCAGAGAAAUAUCCGAUAAUUUAGGGCAAUCUGUCAACUGUGUAUCAAUGUCAAAUGAUGGUAACUGCAUUCUAGCCGGUUGCUUAGACUCUACAUUGCGUCUUUUGGACAGGUCCACAGGUGAACUGUUACAAGAAUAUAAAGGGCACACUAAUAAGUCUUACAAAUUGGAUUGCUGCCUUACCAAUACGGAUGCUCAUGUAACUGGCGGCUCUGAGGAUGGCUUCAUCUAUUUUUGGGAUCUUGUAGAUGCAUCUGUUGUUUCAAGAUUCAGGGCUCAUACCUCAGUGGUAACAAGUGUUAGUUAUCAUCCAAAGGAAAACUGCAUGGUAACUUCUUCUGUGGAUGGCACCAUUAGAGUAUGGAAGACAUAAAAACAAAAUGCAAACACUAAGCUUAUAUGGUGUGUCCAUGCAGCCCAUAGCAAUACCAAUUAGGAUAGUGAUGAUUACAUGUCCAAUUGCAUAUGGAGUCCACAGACACGAUGUUACUUCCAAGUUAUAUAUAUAUAUAUAUCCUUUGGCAGAUUUUGACCUAUAAUAUGCGCUUUUCGUGUGGAAGAUGGUAAACGCAAGGUGAGUUUGUUGGUUGCAGCAUCUCUCUUAUAUACGGUCAAAUCGCACACAUUUUUUGACCUUCUGUCUCCGAAAGGGAUAGGGUAUUGUAUUAUUCACUUGUGUCCAUAGAAGGAAAAUGUUUUGUAUACUAUCCGUUAUGUUGUGAAAAUGAGUUUGUAUUGCAUCCGUUAUAUGGAGUUUUUGAUCUUGGUUUUUACUGGUAUAGUUGGAAAACUAGUUCCUGCGAUGCUCUUAUGUAGCUACAGAUCUUUGCUGUGAUUCAUUCAAUCCGUGGCUGGGGUUUUUCCAUUGAUCUAACCCAGCUCAAACUUUUUCGAAUUUGUGGGCACCAUCGUUUGGGAAAAGAAGACCCUUUUGUUCAAAUUAUUGAUUGAUGUAGACGUUUUGGACUGUUUAUUUCGUUAAUCCUUGGUUUAAUUAAUUUUUUACGGUUGAUUGAUA